ACUUCUUUCACGUGACACUCACAACGAAACGCGUGCACAACAUUUGCAACGAAAAGCGCGCGCACAAAAUUAAUCAAGCAAUAAACAUAUAAAUAAACGCUGUAUAAGUAAUAAACAGGCACUCAACAUGGGAAUUUUGGGCCUCUCGAAGCUUAUAGCCGAUUUGGCUCCACUCGCCAUACGCGAGAGCGAAAUCAAGAACUUCUUUGGUCGGAAGGUGGCCAUCGAUGCCAGCAUGUGUCUGUAUCAGUUUCUGAUUGCAGUGCGCUCGGAGGGAGCUCAACUGGCGGCGGUUAACGGUGAUCCCACCUCACAUUUGAUGGGCAUGUUUUACCGCACGAUUCGUCUGCUGGACAAUGGGAUUAAGCCCGUCUACGUUUUCGAUGGUGCGCCGCCAGACAUGAAAUCCGGUGAGCUGGCUAAGCGUGCGGAACGCCGUGAUGAGGCCGAGAAGGCACUGAAAGCCGCAACGGAAGCCGGCGAUGAGGCACAGAUUGAAAAAUUCAAUCGUCGCCUGGUGCGCGUCACAAAGGAACACUCGCGGGAGGCCAAAGAGUUGCUAAAGCUGAUGGGUGUGCCCUAUGUGGAUGCACCCUGUGAGGCAGAGGCCCAGUGUGCUGCUUUGGUCAAGGCAGGCAAGGUGUAUGCGACGGCAACGGAGGAUAUGGACGCAUUAACUUUUGGCUCCUGCAAACUGCUUCGAUAUCUAACCUACAGCGAGGCACGUAAAAUGCCCGUUAAGGAGUUCAGUUACGACAAAGUACUGCAGGGCCUGGAGCUAACCAGCAAGGAGUUCAUCGACUUGUGCAUUCUCAUGGGCUGUGACUACUGUGAGAGCAUCAGGGGUGUCGGCCCAAAGCGCGCCAUCGAGCUGAUCAAGAGCUAUCGGGAUAUUGAGACCAUUUUGGAGAACAUCGACACCAACAAGUACGCAGUGCCAGAGAAUUGGAACUAUAAGCGGGCACGCGAGCUCUUCAUCGAACCAGAUGUCACAGAUGCCAGCACCAUUGAUCUAAAGUGGACGGAUCCCGAUGAGGAUGGACUCGUGCAGUUCCUCUGCGGCGACCGGCAGUUCAACGAGGAGCGUGUCCGCAAUGGCGCCAAGAAGCUGCUCAAGUCGAAGCAGGCACAGACGCAGGUGCGUCUUGAUAGCUUCUUCAAGACACUGCCCAGUUCUCCGAAUGCAAUCGCAGCUGCCAAACGCAAGGCUGAGGAGUCCAAAAAGAGUGCUAACAGUAAGAAGGCCAAAAUCGGUGGUGGCAGCGGCGCUGGCCGUGGCAGGCGACCAAAAUAAUUAAUCCUAAUAUAAUCUACACGAAAAAUUACAUGUUUAAUUUUAAUUUAAACCACAUGUACUAAUUGGCUAAAACUUUAAGCUUACAUAAGACUAUCUUGGUACGAUUACAAAAAAACUUGUUUCAACUUA